CAACUGGGCAGCCACCAUAAGACGAAAGCCGGUGACCACUGCCAGAGCUUCAAGGAGAUCGCAAGGAUACACAAAAUGAACCAAUACUGUUUGACGGGCUUGCUUUUGGUACUAGGAGUAGUACUACAUGUAGAGUGGGCAACAGCCAAACCUCCAAACAAAAUGCCGGAUCAGCUGCCAUCCUUUCUUAAGGUAUGCCAUCGCAAUGCACCCGAUCUAGACACCUGCGUUAGAGAAUCCUAUGAGGAACUGCGUCCACGGCUUAUAGAAGGUAUACCAGAGCUAUAUAUACCUGCCAUGGAGCCGCUGGUUGUUCCCCAGGUCAAGAUGGACCAGGACUCCGGGGCCAUCUACUUGCACUCAGUGUACCGAAACGUCAAAGUCACAGGUAUCUCAAAGCACACGGUUAAUGAGCUGCGCUUGGAGCCUUCAAAACUCAAGUUCAUUUUGUCUUUGACCUUCCCAAAGCUGCAUAUGGAAUCGGACUACAGCAUUAAGGUCAGUAGAGAAGGAAAAAUUAUGAUGAUGCCACUUUUGGGCGAUGGCCACUGCAAUGUGGAUCUCGUUAACAUCACCAUGCGAACCGAGCUGAUUGGACAGGAGUACAAAAAGAAUGGAGCCAACUUUUUGAAGAUCAACACUGUGAAAGUUAAGUACGAGCUAUCUGAUGUCCACAUUCAUUUGGAUAACCUUUUCAACGGCGACAAAGCUUUGGGCGAUCGCAUGAACGAGUUCCUCAACGAGAACUGGAAGGCACUGGCCGAGGAAGUGCGUCCGUUGAUGACCAAGGCGCUGGUGGACAUUUUGAGGGCCUCCGUGGAUAAAUUGUUUGCUUCUUUUAGCUACGAUGAUCUGCUUCCCAAGUAAAAUGUCGAGUGAAGCCAUUUUUUUUUUCUAUCUUACUGAUUUAAUCGUAGUACAAACAGUAGCCUACAAAUUAAGCAGACAGUUAAAAGCGAAAUAAAUUAUAUAUAUAAUACAAAAA